CACAUAUAAACACAAGCUCGCGGCUACCGGAGUGAUUUAUAUCAACGCCUACCUUUCCCUGGCGCGUGCUUGCGAAAGACCGUUACCUGGUUACCAGGGAGUGAUGAUGAUGAUGGAGCCUCGAGUAAUGUAAAGGACUUCAGUCAGGAGAGUUUCUCCCGCGCGCGUUCACUGAGUAAACCCGCCACGCGCUGCUGCAUCAUCCCGCUGCAUCUCCAGCACGCGAGAUUGACUGCUUGUACAGGACAGGCGCUUUAAACCUGAAUUAACUCACGAAGAGUCAUUUUUUGGUUAAUAUUCUACAGUCUCGAGGACCACGUUGACCGGCAAAUGCGGUUUUAAGGACAAUGGCCCCCAGAUGAAGGCAGUGACGUCAAAAGAGAUGGAGUUAUCCUCAAUAGACGCCUCUGCUGCACUGGGUUUAUGGGGCAACAGCUCCAUUCCUGAUUUCCUUCUCAGUGAGAGUAUUCUUAAUGACACCUGCCUCUUCAACAUAUCAAACUGCACCAAUGGGACAGACACAGGGAACCGACCAGGAACAAGCAUGGCUGGAAUAUUUAUUCCUCUUAUAUACAUAAUCGUCUGCAUAGUCGGUCUGGGUGGAAACUCUCUAGUCAUCCACAUUGUCCUGCACUACUCCAAGACUGAGUCGGUGACUAACAUCUACAUUUUAAAUCUGGCCAUAGCUGAUGAGCUUUUUAUGCUAGGCCUUCCGUUCCUCGCAGUUCAGAAUGCCAUGCACUCCUGGCCCUUCGGAUCCUUCACAUGCAGACUGGUAAUGACUGUCGAUGGCAUCAACCAGUUCACCAGCAUUUUCUGCCUCACCGUAAUGAGCAUCGACCGCUACCUGGCUGUGGUUCACCCCAUUCGAUCAUCAAAGUGGAGGCGACCGCAAGUCGCCAAAGCUGUGAACGGAACGAUCUGGGCGGUCUCGUUUGUUGUCGUCCUACCUGUGGUGAUUUUUGCUAACGUGCAACGAGAGGGAGGAAUUUGCAACAUCAUAUGGCCGGAGCCGGCCAAUGUCUGGGGAGCGGCGUUUAUCAUCUACACCUCCACCGUUGGCUUUUUCUUCCCCUUGCUAGUCAUCUGCAUGUGCUACCUGCUCAUUGUAAUUAAGGUCCGAAGCUCGGGAAAGAAAGUUCACGCCACCUCAACCAAACGGCGCAAGUCGGAACGAAAAGUCACGCGAAUGGUGGUGAUAGUCGUCGCUGUGUUUGUUUUUUGCUGGAUGCCGUUUUACGCCCUCAACAUCAUAAACCUGGUGGAGUCGCUGCGUGACAAACCUCAAGGCCUGCAUCUUUUCGUAGUUGUGCUAUCGUACGCUAACAGCUGCGCCAACCCUAUCGUGUACGGCUUCCUGUCUGACAACUUCAAGCGGGGUUUCCGCAAGGCUCUGUGCCGCUCCUCGCGCAGAGUGGAGAACCAUGAGCCCGCGGUGCAGCAGCAUCAGCAAGAAAGAAGAAGGGUGCUGAUGCCCAGGGAAAGCCUUAGGAGAGGAGUGAGAGAUGAAGAAGAUGAAAAAGAAGAGGAGUACAGGGAGGAAAUGACAGAGAUGACAGAGAUCUGCAGGAUUACUCAGAAUGGAAAUGGAAGCGGACAACCAGAAAGCAGUCGUGCCCUUUUCACUGAGAGACCCUCAGCUCCGGGGGUUUCUGAGAUGGCUUCCCCAGGCAGGAGAGACACUGAUGGGGAAACCAUUGGGAAUGGUCCAGGACUUGGGCCUGCGGGAACCCUUCUGAAUGGGGCCAAAAAUGGGAAUGUUAAAACGCUGCCAGAGGAACCAGUGGAAAAGAAUAACUCAUUGGAGAUCAGCUACUUGUAAAAUAACUAAAAGGAUUUAUCUUGGGUGGAAAAACAGAAAAUUUGUAGGUAUUUUUUUCUCCUGGCUUCUUUGAAAUCUUGUUUUAUUCUCAAAAUCAAUUUAUACUUAAUAAACAGACUUAAUAGUAUGAAAACUAUUUUAGUUUUAAAGUAGAUUUUACUUAAUUUAUAAACGCUGGCAGACCGAAGAUUUGUCAGCAGCAGCAUUCAUAUGUAUCAGUACAUACAAUAUAUGUGAAGUAUAUGUGCCUUCUAAAAUUGUUUGAGAGACUUAUUCAAUGAAAUGAAUUUACGACUGGGCACAAAAAAUGAGACUUGUAGCACAUUCGUUUGUGAUAAGCCAGUUGAGAAGAUGAACAUUUUGUACAUGUUACCCAGGCCAAAAAUUGCCAACCACACAUUUUGUUGAUAAUGUUUGUAUGGUGGUCCAAGGUUUUCUGUAAAUCUGUCUUUUUCAAUACUUUUUGCCUUAUUUGUAAAGGUAUUGUACACUAAAUGAAAUGUGUUACAGUUAGAUCAGAAUGUACAAUUUAAUCAGUAGAAUAUAACAAGACAAUUUUGUGUUCAAAAAAGUCAGCACAGCAUAACAUAACAUCCAGAUUACCACCCAUUUCUAAGAGACUCACAAGAAAAAAGACUUGUACUGUUAAUGCUCCUCAGUGUCACACACUGACAGUUCCUUAAUGGCUCAUGUUGUGCAGGGAGACCCAAUUUACCACAAAUAGACACACAAACAGACACAUUCUAGCAUUGAGCUUAAUGUAAAAGACAUUGUGCCUGAUCCUUGACCCAGUCGGUUUAUCCAGUAAGGUGGCUUCAAUAUUAUUAUUAUGAUUAUCCAAUUAUCAAUUGCACACCCAAUAAACAUAUGCAUACCCAUACACAAUUCCAGUGUCCCCGUACGACACCGCAGUAUGCUUAUGUGACAUUCAGAUACCCUUUACUGAGUGUUAUAAAUAACAUUACCAUUGAGAUCGUGGCAUGCACUAACGUAUCACCUACACUCCCAAGCACCCUACGCCACCUCCUCCCACGCACAAACUCACACUUAGAUGGGCUCGGAGGCGUAUAGACAGCCAUUACAGGCACAUUAUGGAGAUAGAGCUACAACCAUAUCUAAUAACUGUACUGUCCCUGCGCAUUUCACAGCUUUCAUUUAAAACCGAUUGUUUUAAUUUUUAGAAAAGAAUGUGUAAGAAGCUGUGGGAAAUGUUUUUUCUGCAAACUAGAAGGUGUUUAUUGUGAUUAUGUUCAAUUGUUGUGUUAUAUCUAUGUGAUAUUUAUUGCGCACUGUUUUUUACGACAUGCUCCCCCAAAGAUGCUGCCGUUUCUGUCUGUGGGCAGAGCGGCACCCAUCUUGUGACCUUAUGAUUGGACAGCUCUCCGUAUCUAAAUGAAUGUCUGUGAUUCACACUGGACGUUUUGACACCCACCGAGGCUCACCCACAUACGAUAUGGAUGCACAAAGAGGCAAAUAGUGCUGAAGGCUGCUUGUGAACACCAUGAUAUUAUUCAUUUCUUGGCACGGAUUAAUAUAGGCCUCUUGUGCAAACAAAGCCAUUUGCUCCGAGAUAAAAAUACAACGGUGCCCAGAUGUCCUUAGUCAAUAUUUUAUUAUUUUUGCACCGUAAAUGAUUUUUCUUUGCGUGAUCUCAAAUGAACAAUCUUGCUUUGAACUGCUUAAGGUGUAUAAAAUGUUAUAAAUUCUGUAUUAUGCUGUAAUAUAUGCGCAAGGUUUUGGGAAGAGUUUUCAAAUGGAUUUAUAUAGCUAUAUGCUGGCUGCAUCCUGUGUUAGUUUAAGUACGUCCUUUCAUAUUUAAAAAAAAAAUCAUUGUAUGUGUAGUCAGAAAAUGACCAAAUUCUACAUUUAUAUAUU